AUGCAUUCUAAAAUUAGGAGCAAAGUAGCCGCCGCGCUGCUCAACAAGCACCUCCAAAUCAACGGCAUCGCCGCCGGGUUAACGUCCCAGCUAAGAGCCAGCGUAGACGAGGCGGCGGCCGCCGCGAUGGCAGCCGCGUACGAAGACGACGGCAACAGUGGCGCUAAGGGUGCGUCUGCACCGGCGAGCACCGGCCAUCAGACGCCCGCGUCAGACGGUGAGACUGCGGCGGGGUCGAGGAGCUCGAACAUGAAGAGAGAAAGAAAGGCUGCUAGGACGUUGGGGAUUAUCGUGUCAGCGUUUUUGAAAACUACCCAGGAAAAAUCCUUUUUUUCCAUUAAGGCUACCACACUACCAUCGAAUAGUGCGGAAAUAUCUAGAUAG